AUGGGAUCGAACCAAAUCGAAGCAGAUUACACUCGGCUUGGUGUCAAGAUCGAGCUACCCGAUAAGCGCUCUUUCACAAUCAAUCAAUUCGAACAGUUUGUCAACGAAGCGGUUCGCGAAGUUUUUGGUACUUGUGGUCCCAUUGUCAAGGUAUCCGAAUAUAUUGAAAGCCAAAACAGAGGAAGUGUUAUUGCUACGGGUUCGGAAAUUCAACAAGUUUGGGCUGCUUUAUCGUCGAAAGGAUUAUUUCGAGGAUAUCGAAUUGCUGCUCAUUUCCAUAUUAACCGAAACCGACGUGUCGAAUUUUCUUUGAACAAAAUGGGUUUAGUUUUUCUUGUUUUUAUUCCGAUAAUCGGCUUUGUUAUUUUUCUCGUUGGAGGUCUCGUUCUUUAUUUUUCACUUCCAUCUAGACGAGAUUUCUUCUUUUACAAAAAACACGCAGUUGUUACUGGUGGCUCAAAAGGAAUUGGGUUCCAAUUAGCUGCUGGUUUGAUUGAAAGAGGUUGUAAUGUGACGAUUAUUGCGAGAAAUGUCAACGAUUUAAAGAAAGCGUGCGAAUCUUUGGAAGAGUUAGCAAUUCAAAGAGGCCAAAAUCAAAAAGUUCAAUGGAAAUCUCUUGAUUUGACAUCAAAUUAUGAACAAAUUAAGAAAACCUUUGAUGAAAGCGCAGCAGAAUUAGGUCCUAUCGAGAUUUUGAUAAAUAAUGCCGGACAUAGUGUUCAGGCGCCAUUUUCUGAACUUCCUGUCGACGAUUUUGAAAAACAAAUGAAAAUUAAUUAUUUGAGCGCUGUUUACGCGAGUCGUGCUGUAGUCGAAGACAUGAAAUCGCGAAAAUCCGGUCAUAUUUCUUUUGUUUCUUCAGCCGCUGGACAAUUUGCCAUUUUUGGAUACACGGCAUAUUCUCCAACGAAAUUCGCACUGAGAGGAUUUGCUGAUGCUCUUCACAUGGAAUUACUACCUUAUCGUGUGAAUGUUGGUGUUCUCUAUCCUCCAAAUACAGACACGGAGGGAUUUAAAGUUGAAAUUGAGACAAUGCCCGAAGAGACGAAGCUCAUAUCUGAUUCUGCUGGUCUUUUCACUCCAAAGUUCGUUGCUGAAGCUCAUUUGAAUGAUAUCGCCGAUGGUAAUUAUGCAACUACAAUUGGAUUGGAUGGAUGGAUGCUUGGCAAUUUAACCGCUGGGGCGAGUCCCGAGAAAUCCCUUCCACGAGCUAUUGUUCAAGCGAUGUUGGCUGGAAUUUUCCGAGCUAUCACACUUGUCUAUUUGGGAUAUUUCAACGGAAUUGUUAAAAGAUGCCAUCGUAGGAAAUUGACCGAAGAAGAGGAGAAAAGAAAAGCCAGAAAAAGAAAUUGA